AGUCAGUCAAUUGAAAACAUUCGCGUUCGAUGGUUCGUUUUGUUGACGAGUGUGUGGCGAUCGUCGCUUUUUUUUGGCUUAGCUUAUGAAAAUUGAUUUUUGCUUCAAGCAGUGAAAAAUUGCUAAAUAAUUACUUCGUCUGCGGUUGUGUUGUGGAGCCGUCGCGAAAUUGGUACAGUUUCUUCGGCGAGUGCAAUUUUUGGGUUGCAGUUUCGGUGGAUUUCCUUUUAUUUGAAUUUUUUCCUACUGCGAAAAUCGAAUGCGUUCCGGUUAGCAGUUUGCUUGCCCGUCAUGAAUGGUGGAAUACAAGAAAAGAAAAUGGAAACAUGCGAAAAUCGAUUGCUGUGAUCGGUGUACCGAGCAAAAUAUAAUUUUGUGGAUAGUUGAUUCCGUGUGCGCGGGUGGUUCGGUGACGGUUGCUAAUCGUGCUGGCGAUUGUGAUUCUCUCGGCAUUGACCAGGUUCUACUGGGAUUGCAAAAUAGACGUGCCGAAUACAAGUUUACCUACCGAGAGGCCUAAACCGCAACAGUACCUUAAGCAGCUGACUGCAUUGAGGUCGUCUUCGAUUGAGUGCUCGUAACCAAAUUCGUUCAUACAUAUUCAUACACAUGUUCAAUUUUGUUUAUCUUACUAGGGUUUAUUCGUGGAUUCACUUUGUGCAAUUCUUUUUUUGUCGCAAAAUAUGAUUGAUAAAGUGUGUGAGUUGAAGAAAAUCGAUUAGAAGUUCUGUUACGCGAUUGUGUUUUGUGUGUCUGAAAAUAAAAGUAUUCAAUUUUGCUUUUUUGCGUUUGUCUCGAAUAGUAGUGUGGGAGGUGGAUUACGCUCAAGCUAACUCAUUCAUCUCUAAUUCAAUGAGCUCUGAUCGAAGCGAUAUCAAGUUAAUUUAUUCUGACACAGCACGAAAUCUGGAACGUAAACAAUAACCGUACGAAAAUUAACAACAGGGAUCCAGCACUUUCCGGCCAGGAUAUUCAAAUUGUAACCGUCGCAUCGUUAUCUGCUCACUUUUGUCGGGAGGAAAUACGUCGAAAGCAUAAAUAUUUGACCAAAAUCAACAACCAUACAGAAUAGAAACGAAGAGAACACUUUCAAAAGUGGCAAGAUGGCAGACGACGAUAAAGAAUCCUCCGUACGGGUUGCUGUCAGAAUUCGUCCACAGAUACCACGCGAGCUGAUAGAUAUGUGCCGGGUGUGCACACAAGUCACGCCCGGUGAGCCCCAAGUAUAUCUCGGCUCUGAUAAGGCCUUUACCUUCGACUAUGUUUUUGAUGUGACCGCAACACAGGUUUCCGUGUAUGCCAGCUGUGUCGAAAAACUGGUGGAAGGAGCACUGAAAGGUUACAAUGCAACGGUGCUAGCCUACGGACAGACGGGAUCGGGCAAAACCUACACAAUGGGGACCGGCUUCGAGCGGGACAUUCCGGAACUACAGGAAGGAAUUAUCCCCCGCGCGGUUCGACAUCUCUUCGAAGGAAUAGUCCAGCUACAGGAAAAUCCGUACGAUGACGACGGAGUCUAUCUGGGAUCGUUGCAGUUCAGCGUGGCGGCACAGUUUAUGGAACUUUACAACGAAGAGAUUAUCGAUCUACUUGAUCCCUACAGUAAAGGUCGCAUUUUUAAAAUUCAUGAGGACGCCAGUGGUGGUAUCAGCGUUGCGGGAGCAACAAUUCAGCCCCUUAGUGGUCCCCAAGAUGCCUUACGUUGCCUGAUGCAGGGUGCAUUGGCGCGCACAACAGCCUCCACUCAGAUGAACGAACAGUCCUCACGGAGUCACGCUCUGUUUACAAUUCUUAUCCGUCGACAGCGGGUGAUGAGUGCCGAAGAAAGUGGCAAUCCGGACGGUGAUCUGGAGACGCUCACAUCGAAGUUUCACUUUGUUGAUUUGGCUGGAUCGGAACGGCUCAAACGAACCGGUGCCACGGGUGAACGAGCUCGGGAGGGAAUCUCAAUAAAUUGUGGCCUGCUGGCUUUGGGAAACGUAAUCUCGGCGCUGGGUGAUAAAACGAAGAAAGUUUCACAUGUACCCUACCGAGACUCGAAGCUGACGCGGUUGCUGCAAGAUUCGCUGGGUGGAAACAGUCAAACGAUCAUGAUCGCAUGUGUGUCUCCGAGCGAUCGCGACUUCAUGGAAACCCUCAACACACUCAAGUACGCUAACCGAGCGCGCAACAUCAAAAACAAAGUACAAAUCAAUCAAGACCAGAGCUCGCGAACGAUAUCACAGCUGAGGCGUGAAAUUGCUGCCUUGCAGCUGGAGUUACUUGAGUACAAGCAGGGUAAAAGAAGCGUGGACGCUGAAGGUAAUGCUGCGGUAUCGGAUACGUUCCUGGAGAAUGCAAUGUUGUUGCAGGACAAUAAGCGCCUCCAGCAGCGUCUGAAGGCUAUGCAAGAAACGAUCAAUGUUUUGACAGAUAAAAACGCCGCACUGCAGGCACAGCAAACACUGCUGGGUUGGUCAUCCGGUAGCACCGGCAGUGGAGAUGGUGGGGAUUCCGAUAUGCAACAGCUGGUCGCUGGAUAUAUCAGUGAAAUCGAGAAGCUAAAGGCGAAACUGAUCGAAUCGGAACAAAUGUUCCAACAGUUGAAGAAGGCUCAGGUUAGUCCAUCGAAGUUGGGAUUGAAAAGUAACUAUUCGUUUAUCGAGGACACGACGGAAACCGUUAUCAAUCGAGCUAAGCGUGAACUGGAGAAAGAACGGGAACUUCUGAUGUCUCGGUCGUUGCCUGGCCUGGAAAAUGACAGCAGCAAUCAGAGUUUGGUCGAUGGAUCUGACAGUGACUCGGAUACAGAAUCGGAUGACAAAACCGGUGAGCUACAAGCGGAAAUCAACGACAUUAGUUCGGAUAUUGAAAUUAAGUCGAAAUUAAUUGAACAGUUGGAGUUGUCACAGCAACGAAUGCAGGUCAUGCGCCAGCAGUAUGAGGAAAAACUGAACGUUUUGAAUGCGAAAAUUAUCAACACACAGAAGGAACGUGAUCAGGUACUAGCUAAUAUGAGUGGUUCGGGUGCUGCGGGGGGAAAUGUGCAACCUGACAGAAUCAGAAAGGUCAAGGAGGAAUAUGAACGUAAAUUGUCGGAAAUGCAGAAGGAACUGAAAAAACUACAAAUGGCACAAAGAGAACAUCUCAGGCAGCAGCGUGAAUUGCAAGCGCAGGAUGCUCAACUCAAAACUCUCAAAGGGGAACUGGCUGAACUAAAGCAGAUAAAAAUUCGCUUGAUGAAGAAAAUUCAAGAAGAAAAUAACCGGCACAAAGAAUUGGAGAGCAGGAAGACACGGGAAAUAGCUCAACUUAGGAAGGAAAGUCGGAAGCAGGUGAACAUGAUCAAAACCCUGCAGGCUCAGGGAGUGGCAAAGGAUCAAGUUCUAAAGCGAAAGACGGAAGAAGUUUCCAAUCUACGAAAGACUCAACGAGGAAUGAUGAGUAUGAAAGCGGCCGGUCGGUUUCCUCCCAAGAAAUCAACGCUCGUACAGAACACAAAGAAUCUCAAAACCAAAUGGGAUUCAUUGCAGCGAACUAUCACUCGGGCGGCCAGAAGCAGACAAGCUGUGUUUGAACUGGAACGGGAACUUGAACGACUGUUACAGGAGCGUGAUGGAUUGAGUCGUGAUUUAGCAAAUGUUCGCUCGAGGAAAGGUUUAGGAGAUACAGCGGAACUCAUAUCAGAAGAAGACACUAUACUGGCCAACAUGAACUACAUUCAGGAGAACAUUACACAAAUUCAGCAUUCCAUCAUGGAAUUGGAAGAGGGUAGAGAAUCGGCAGCGGAACAAAUACAGCUUCAGAACAUUUUAGAAAACAUUCGGUCGAUGGAAGAGUUCAGGUUCAUUCUAGAGAAACUUUGCGGGGCAUCGAUUGCGCAGGUCUGCGAAGCUGCUCUUACCCAAACCAGGUUGAAGGAACGGGAAGCGCUACUGAAUGAAGUACAGCAAGAUAGUAGCAUUCAGCAGCAACUGUUGCAGCAUAUUUUGGCAAAAACUCCGGCGGCAACCCUAUCGGAAACAAGUUUCAGCUCCGGUCACUCCAACAAUUCCAAUGUGAUGAAUUCUAUGCUACAGGCGGCAGCACUUUCCAACGGACUUACGCGAACGUACGAAGACCAACCGGAAAACAAUGAAAACAAUGCCUAUGUAAUCAAUUCCAUCACCAGAAGCCCUUCUCCUAGCAGCAGCACCGAGUUAAACUCCUCAAAGCUAAGACGAAGGCCCGCCGCCGGUCAAGACUCGCUGCCGUACGGUUGCCUACCUGGACCAGGGGACAUGUCUGUUUCCCCGACCGCCGGCAGCAAGCUUGAGAAAGUGGGUAUUUGUAUUUAUCUAGAGGAUUCGGCAGAUGACGAUGACACGAUGAAACAUUCUCCGCAGGACGAGAAUGGCGGAUUCAUCGGUGGUGGUAUGACUCGUUCGUACACGACCGCAGGUGAGACAUCGCAGAUUCCGGUACCUGUUAGCAACAACAUCAUCAACAACAACAGCAACAGCAGCAAUCCGUCUGCUGGGACAACCGUGGCUGGGCGAACAUUUGUUCCGCUGUCGAAAACUCCCAGCGCUCCCGGUUCUUUGAAAGGACUUCAGCCAGUGCCAAGCAUAUCCCGUCAGAACAGUACCGCAUCGCCUCUGCUAGCGCGGAAAUCAUUCGACCCAAGUGUGGCACCUCCAUCGCCCCGUAUCUCGAGAAGAGCCUUCCCGAGCAAGGCGUCACCUGGCAUAGAGGAUGCGAACGACAUUCCCACGUCGCCUCCGGUGUACCGACGAGGUACGUCCCGAGAGGACACCGGAGAUGUGUUUUCACGACUCGGAGCCGGAACGCAGGAUCCAUCGCCUGGUGGUAACAUAAAGGAAUAUAUGGGAAAGUUGAAAGCUGGUGCACCAUUAAUCUGUACCCACGUAGUUGAAGGUCAUAGCAAUUCGGUACUGUCCAUCAAAGUGUCUAAUCAAACACUGUUUACCGCCGCAGCAGACCGAACGGUAAAAGUGUGGGAUCUACGUAGUGGUUCUACGCCGCACUGUCUAACGGGUCAUCUCGGGCCGGUUGCCUCCGUAGAAUGCGACCGAACCAACAAUUUACUCUUCUCGGCAUCGGGAGCCUUCAUUAAAGUGUGGGAUCUCAGAGAAAGCAACAUCCGGCCACUCAUCACGUUAUGUUCCUCUGGUUCGAUUCUUCCGGCAAACGCGUCGUUGUCCGACUUGAUCCCCGGUGAAUGUUCGAUCACGGCCCUGAAGCUAGGCGCAUCCGGUAAACUGUACACCGCCGCGUCGGACAAGGUUCGAAUCUGGGAUCUGCGGACAUUUUCCUGUCUCGGGCGACUCUCCGGAGGUCAUCAGGCGGCCGUUAUGUGUCUUACUGCCUGGGAGGGUCCCAAUAAUACUGACCUGGUGGCAACCGGUUCCAAGGAUCACUACGUCAAAGUGUUUGAGGUUAAUGCGGCCGGUGGGAACGUUCCACCGUUGCUUAACCUGGAACCGCCGCAUUAUGACGGGGUACAAGCCCUCGCCGUGGCAAAAGAUGCUACCGGUGUCGAUGCCGAGUUGUUUUCCGGUAGCAGAGAUUCCGGCAUUAAAAGGUGGGACCUACGAACCGGAGAACUCAAGCAAUCGCUCAACAAUGCCCACAAAGGAUGGGUCUCGGGAAUGGCCAUCUACGGCGACAUUCUGCUGUCUAGUUGCCGUGGUGGCGUUAUUCGUCUAUGGAAUGUUAAAAAUUGCGAUAGUUUAGCGGAGAUGAAGACGGAUCAGUCAAUUAAUGACAUUGUCACCAGCGACAAUCGAGUGUUUACCGCUUCCAAUAACGGUGCGGUACGGAUUUGGCGGUUAGCUUCCUCCGAUUUGGAGUCAUUGGGUGCUGGUUCUAACGGUAGUUUAACCGAAGGUAGCAGACUGAAGCGAUAAGCGACUGUUCAGUGCUAAACUUUGCUAACAUCCUGGGACGAAUCGGGCAGACAGAACUCGGCGACACAUUAUAAUACUCCAGUUAUGGGCCAAAUUUACUAUAUGGAUGAUGUUUUUGGUAUGGGUAAUAGAGCUUACGGUGUUCUUUUUCUGUCCGCUGAGUAACGCCGGCUGCCAGGCUUGUCAUUUUCAAACCCGUAGCGGCACUUCAAAUCAGUGCAAUUGGGAAAAUCGGUGACAGGGGUUUCGUAAGUUUUUCUUUCUAUACAUUUGAAUUGCUGUUGCUUCCCGAAAAUUCAACUUGAUGUUCAAACUCUACGCUCAUUUAUGCACACAUCAUGUUCAUGCUAGGGUUUCUUACUACACGUUUGUUUGUAUCUUUGAACUAAUGUCAUUUUUGAGAAAAAUGAUUUCGUGUCAUUUUCAUACAAUCUAGAAACAAGAGUUCCUUUGCAAGAUGUUUGGUGGCUAUGAAAAAAGAUCGUUUGAUUAUACAUUGUAAUAUACAAGCUUUUUCAUAAAUCAAUCUAAUCUAAGGCCACCGAACAAUAUUGUUAGAUAACUCUUUUUUAGAUGUUUAAUAAACUUCAUGUUGGCUCGAGGUAGGGAUAAGGGAUUGUAAUGCUUUCUAUCUCAUUUGUGUAUUCGAAAAAAAAUAAACCCAUCCAUCGUUAGCUACUAUAAUCACCAUAUCUUUCCAGCUUAACAAUGAUUGUUUUAUUUUCAAGCCUAAACCAUUUUCAUUGAAAGCAAUUAUUUUAAUAUGUUCGCUUGUUUUUUUUUUCUUUCAACGCAUUUUUCUUCCGCGCACCGUUUGUGUUCUGUUGCGAAUGCAUCCUAUCAAAUACCACGACCGAAUUCACGUUCCAAACCCGCAGCGAUGGAAAGGUGCGCCUGUGGCGUGUCUCGUCGGCCAUCCGGCGGCUGAGUGCCGAGAACAGAUGACGCCAGAGUACGGAAGCGAUGCUGGAUCGAAUGUACUACAACUACAGCAGUAUGCGGAACAUUCAUUCGGCGUCGUCUUCCGGCGGCGGACCGGGUCCGGUCGUAGCGGAGCAAAUUCCGGCUCCGGCGGAGGGCAGACGAAGACCCCUGUCCACAUCGCAGUCCGCUGGUACUGCCGGGUCAUCGAGCCUAUCGUCCCAAUCGUUUACCUCACCGGCACCGAUCGCAUCGUCCGCCUCGAUACGCAACAGUAGAUUGUACCGGAGCCUAAAUCACAACUACCUUGGUAUACUGAGCAAGGUUAACAGUAGGAGGUAGUGAAAGUGCGCAAUUUACUAGAACAGAUGCCUUCGGUUUAUUUUAUUUUUCUAGCAUGACAUAAACAUUGUAGAACCCCCCAUUGAAAUGCGCCAAUCAGAUAGACUUAUUAGCUGUAGAAGAUUCAGGUUUUUUAAAACAGUUUUUCACUAGUCGACCUGGAUUUGGGCGGCUAGAACUAGUGAGUUUCCACUAGUACAAAUCGAAUAAAAAAUUAGCUUUAAUCGACUCGAUUAUCUCCCACGCACUGGCACUUCGAACUGCUUUUGCAUAUCUUUGCAUGUCUUUGCAGGGAGACAUCUUGCCUUUGAACUAAAACAUACAGAGAAAUAGUAUUGCAUACGAUCAAACCGCUCCACUAGGAUUAGGAAGCUAGGGACAUACUAAAAACUGGAACAAAUCUUCCAUCAGCAGUGACAAAAGACAGCUCUUUCAGUAUUUUUUUUCACCACCAACUACUUCCAGUAUGACAAUUUUACUCUUUCUUUACAGUCCUCCAUUUGUUCGAAUAAUUCAGUAAAAUUUGAAUAACAGGCCCAAAACCGAUUGGUUGUGAUGUAGAUUUAAGAGAAAAAAAAACAAUGUAUUUAGUUUUUUAUCAUUAUUGUGCAGUUAUAUUUUUUGCAUUGUUUAAUUUAGCACCUUUACUCGUUUUAUUUGAUUAUCAUUUUGAUAAAGCUACUGCCUGUCAAUGUCAAUGUGUGUUUGUUUUUAUUGACCAUGUUGGGUACCCAAUAAGGAAUUACUUACAGCAAGUAUACAACUAAAUCUCAGUGUAUUAGGUUGGUGUCCUUAAUGACUACUAAUUUUUGUUCUACCUACAAUUAACUACUAGGCAUACGACAAAACAAAAAAUCAAUUUAGACAUUGUUAAAAUGAACACGUAAAAAUGUAACCAAGAAUUCAUAGCGGGUAGAGGUCGUGAUAUAAUAAUUGAGCGACCUUUCGCUUUCCUAAAUGGAAAUAUACCUACUAUACCGUGAAAACGAUAGCUGAUAUCAAGUAUUAACUAGCAGUUGGAACAAAUAAAUAGUUUAGUGUUUAUCACAACAAUAAA